UCUCUGUCUCUCUCUCUCUCUCUCUCUCUCUCUCUCUCUCAGGUGUUCACAUUGUCCAGAGGAUGUACGGCUGUGAGUGGGAUGAUGAGACUGGAGAUGUUAAUGGUUACAGUCAGUAUGGUUAUGAUGGAGAAGACUUCAUAGUUCUGGACAUGAAGACAAUGACGUGGGUCGCUCCACAACAACAGGCUGUCACCAUCAAACAGGAGUGGAAUAAAGACAAAGCUCGACUAGAGUAUCAUAAGAACUACCUCCCCAAUGAGUGCGUUGACUGGCUGAAGAAGUUUGUGAACUAUGGGAGGAGCUCUCUGAUGAGAACAGACCUCCCCACAGUGUCUCUCCUCCAGAAGACUCCCUUCUCGGUCACCUGCCACGCUACAGGUUUCUACCCCAACAGAGCCAUGAUGUUCUGGAGGAAAGAUGGAGAGGAGCUUCACGAGGACGUGGAAGGAGAGAUCCUCCCCAACCACGACGGCUCCUUCCAGAUCAGCGCUGACCUU